AGUUAUGGAUUGGAUUCAUGUGAAAGCUAAAACCACUUUGAGGAUCUUCAUUAGUAGUUAUGCCAAUGUUUAUUCUCCUUCUUUUUCUGUUUUUCUUAGUUCUUCUUCUCCAGAAGAUGAUGCAAAAGCAAAAGCAGCGGCUGCGGCUUCCUCCCGGCCCCCGAAAACUUCCAAUUAUUGGAAACCUUCACCAAAUCGGUGCAGUUCCCCACCAGUCGUUUGCUGAAAUGUCAAAGAAACAUGGCCCUGUAAUGCUCGUUCAUCUUGGAUUUGUCCCAACACUCAUUGUAUCCUCUGCAGAAGCCGCAAAAGAACUCUUUAAAGCCCACGAUCUCGAUUGCUGCAGCCGACCUCCCUUGACGGGUACCGGGAUGCUCUCCUAUAACUACCUCGACGUCGCCUUUUCUGCUUAUGGCGAUUACUGGAGGGAAAUGCGACGUCUGUACGUUAUCGAACUCUUCAGCAUUAAAAGAGUCCAAUCCUUCCGGUUCGUCAGAGAAGAAGAGGUGGAAUUCCUAAUAAAAUCAAUUUCGGAAAUCUCCAAAUUAGGGACACCGGUCAACCUCAAGGAGAUUCAUGAAGCUGUUGUCAUGUUGGGAAACUUUGCAGCAGCCGAUUUCUUCCCUUACUUCGGUUGGAUUAUGGACAGAAUGACAGGUCUCCAUAGAAGACUCAAACGGAAUUUUAAAAAACUGGAUGCUUUCUUCCAGAAAGUGCUAGACGAUCACCUCUGCUCCGGUCGCCGAAUUACAGAGGAAGAACACGAAGAUAUCAUCGACGUUCUGAUAAAAAUAGGGAAAUAUGAAACGGCAUCCGGUACUGAAAAAAUCACUCAUAAUCACAUCAAAGCUAUUCUUAUGGACCUAUUUCUCGCCGGAUCCGAUACCAGUGCCAUAAGCAUGGCUUGGGCCAUGGCGGAGCUGGCAAAGAACCCAAGAGUGAUGAAGAAAGCACAGGAAGAAAUAAGAAACAGCGCGGUGGUGAAGGAAAACUGGCGGUUGCAGCCACCGGGGACGUUGCUGGCUGCGAGAGAAGCCAUUACCCGAUUCAACGUCUCGGGUUACACCAUCGACCCGAAGACCCAAAUACAAGUAAAUGUUUGGGCCAUCGGGCGGGAUCCAAAUGUGUGGGAAAACCCCCAAGAGUUCUACCCCGAGAGGUUCUUGGACAGUCCAAUUGAUUUCAAGGGGCAGAAUUAUGAGUUUUUACCGUUCGGUAGUGGUCGUAGAAUUUGUACGGGAGUGCAUAAGGCGGUCGCGGUAGUAGAGCUGACACUUGCAAAUCUUUUGUAUUGCUUUGAUUGGAAAUUACCGGAGGGGAUGACAGAGGAAGAUAUCUGCAUGGAGGAAGAAGCUGGAAUUGCUGUUCAAAAGAAAGUGCCUCUUAAGCUCAUUCCCGUUGAAUAUCAAUGUUCAUCUGAAAGUAAGAUGUACAAAGUGGCUGUUUACUUGUAUUUAAACGCCAAACAUCACAUCACAUGUAAGGAUAUUAAUAUAACUACCGUUCGUAGAAUUCUAGAACGAGUAUUUGCAUGAGAUCAAGUUGUUACAACUACUAGUCUUUCUUUUGUUUAUGCAUUCUUAGUAAAAGUAGGCACCCGAGCAAUCAGUCCAAAUGCUUGUGUUGUGUCUAGGUCCGAAUUGCCCACUUCCAAAAAACUGUGAGGCGUGAGCUGUUAAAAAAAUUUUAAAAAUUUA